UUUCUCCUCCCCUUCCUUCUGUCUCCCCUCUCCCAUCGCCAGCCUCCACCUGAGCGUCAUCUUUCCUCAUUAUCUCCCAGACACGGAUGGAAAUAACCCGUCUCAGUUCGGAGCCGCCACCGCCUCCACCACUACCUCAGACCGGCUGUUCCCCCGUCGCUCAGGCCGCUGCAGGACACUGCAGGGCGGGGAACGAGCGGUAGGAGCCCCGGCGGCGGUGCUGCGACGGCUGCUUUCAGCGUAAGCAAGCCUCUUCUGCUGUCCUUGAUGUUCCUUGACAGCGCUAAGAGGAGCUUCAGAGAGGCAAUUUGUUUGAAUCUGACCCACAGAAAGGCAGCAUGAACCGCAGCAGACGAAGAGGAGAAGGAGGCUUCACCAUGUUUUUCUCGCUGUGUUUAAUUUGGACACAGCUGCUGAUCCCAGAGUAUUUCGCUGGCGGUCCGUUCCCGACUCACCGUCCGGGUCGGCACACUCUGAUCACUCAGAGAGAUGCGAAUGAGCUGCCGGAGUCUCGUUCCCACCUCCAUCUCCAUCGCCACCACCACCAGCACCAGAACCAGAACCAGAACCAGAACCAGUACCGGUUGGCCCGGCCCGAGUCUCGGCUUCAACACAAACUCGGCGCCCGGCAGAGCUUGGACCUGCUGGAGCAGCUGCAUCAGGAUGUGGAGCCGGACCACUUCGGCUGGCGUGUUGUACCUGGGGAAUAUGUGGUUACCAUGUACUUGGCUGUGGGAGUGAGGAGGCUGAACAUCAGUCACCUCCUGUGGUUCCGGGACGGCGUAGCGGCGUCGCUCGGCAUCGCUCCUCAACACGUUCACAUCAACAAGCUGAACGCCAGAAACGGCAUCGAGCUCUUCGUCUCCUCUGAGAGGAGGGACAUCUUUGAGCUCCGCCCUGCGAAGGAGAUCGUCCAAUCACUGAACCGUAGUGUCCUUCAUCACCAUCUGGCCGACUUCGGCAUCACGGCGGUCAAACCGGAGUGCUGCAGAAACAUCCCAGACUCUUCCCCUUCGUCUCCGAAGAAAAACGUCCUGCAGGACGAUCAGAGGGAUCACGCACGGAGCAGAGAUGGCCUCUACAACGUUGUCCUCUUCUUCACCUUCUUCCUCAUCAUCACCACCUGCCUAAUGGUUUUGUACCGAAUGAAGCAGAAAGUUCCCGUUACUGAGAAGCAGCUCAAAGCUCCGCCCCCCGACCACGUCGUGAGUUUGACCCUCCCCCCCGACCCUCACAAGAGGUCAAAGGGCACCAAGGUUGUGACGUCAGAAAGUAUGGUCCAAUCUGAGCUCCCGCCAGCUGUAGCCACGCCCAUUCACCAGCAGCAGCCAAUCAGAGCCUGCCGCCGCCUCGCUCCUCCUGUCGUCCCUCUGCCCAGCCCUGUGCCAAUCAUCAACACCGACAGCCACACCCCGCCAACUAGUGUUCCCUCGGUAACGAGUGCUAACGAGCUGAAACCUUGCCCCUCCCCCUUCAGGAUGAAACCGGCUGCAGGCCUGCAGGAGAGACGAGGCUCUAAUGUGUCCCUGGUGCUGGACAUGUCGGCUCUCGGAUCGGUGGAACCCCUCAAUGUUUCCGUGGUAACCCCCAGAGAGGCGGCGGCCCGAGAGUACCUGCUGUCGGCCGGACGACCGCUGACACGGCAACAGCUUCGUGACGUCGUCAGCAACACGCACAAGCUGCACGUCGAGUUUGCUGAAAUCCCGAUGAAUUUUAUCGACCCUAAGGAGCUGGAUAUCCCAAACCAUGGCACUAAGAACAGAUAUAAGACCAUUCUGCCCAAUCCUCACUCCAGAGUGAUCCUGAAGUCAAAGAGCUGCAAUGAUCUACUGAGUUCCUACAUCAAUGCCAACUACAUAAGGGGUUACCUAGGCGACAGCAGGGCCUUCAUCGCCACUCAGGGCCCCAUGGUGAACACGGUGAAUGACUUCUGGCAGAUGGUGUGGCAGGAGGAGUCGCCCGUCAUCGUCAUGAUCACCAAGCUGAAGGAGAAGAACGAGAAGUGUGUCCUGUACUGGCCGGAGAAGAGGGGGAUCUACGGGAAGGUGGAGGUUCUGGUGAACGGCAUCAGGGAGUGUGAGCACUACGCAACCCGCAGCCUCACGCUAAAGUGCGGGAAUCAAACCCGCGUCCUGCAGCAUUACUGGUACACAUCGUGGCCCGAUCACAAAACCCCGGACUCGGCGCUGCCGCUGCUGCAGCUCAUGGCUGAUGUUGAGGCUGAGAGACGCACCGCCGCCUGCGUGGGGCCCGUCAUCGUUCACUGCAGUGCUGGGAUUGGCCGGACGGGAUGCUUUAUCGCCACGACGACAGGCUGCCGGCAGCUGCAGGUGGAGGGGGUGGUGGACGUGCUAAACAUCACCUGCCAGCUCCGAGCCGACAGAGGAGGUAUGAUCCAAACAGGUGAGCAGUACGAGUUUGUGCAUCACGCCCUGAGUCUGUUCGAGGCGCGACUGUCGGCUGAAUCCGGCCAGUGAGCUCCGACCUCGGCUGCUAACGGAAACGUCUUAUGAGCUUUGGAAGUUCUCUGCCACCAGCGGGAGACUCUGAGACGCUGAAGGGUGAUUAUAGUGAGCAGAGACUGGAGAAGAAAAGAGGGGAAGGUAAACGUCAACACUCGAGAUGCACCCCUUCUUCUUUUUUUCUUUUUUUUUUGGCGAUCAGUGGCACUCGAUGGACUUCUGUCGCCCAGCCGACUUGGGAUGGUUUUUAAAGAAACUGACUCGACACGUCUCUCUGUGUCUACUAGGAUUUUAAAUUCUUUUGUAAUGUGAUGUUCUUCUCAGAAAUCUAUUGGAAAAUGACUGUUACCUGGUUUAGUUUUAGCUGCUGUGGAAAUAUAUAUCCCUGUUUGUGCAAUUUACUCUGGAAUUUCAUCACAUGGAAAACGUCUUGUUUAACAACAGGGUUUACAUCAAGAAAUGUUUUACAUUCUUGCCGUCUUUAAUCAUGUUUACGUUCAUUCCCUUUUAAAAAUCCAAGUGGGAAAUCCACAGAAUAUUAUCCAAAACACAUUUUAUGAUAAUCAGUAAGUUGCCCGACAAUCCAAACCAUCAUUAAACCAUCUGAAAAUAUAGAAGUGAAUGAGUUAAAAUGUACCUUGUUUAAGAGUUUUUCUGUUUAAAUGACUAAAUUCAUUUUUCAGUCAUGUUUUAGUUGUUUUUUUAUGACAAACUGACAAAAAAUGGUGAGUCAGCCAGAUGGAAAAAGCUACCUAUAAAAAUCUAAGUAGCU